UUCAAAGCAACACCGUGUCAAAUUCUUCUUUCUUCUCCACAAAACCAACUAACCAAGUGUUGGUAAUCAGAGCCUAUAUCACUCUGAUUCUUACUUGAAGAAGAUGAAGAUGAAGAUGAAAAUGGGUCUUCUCAAUUCCGCAGCCUGUGUUGUUUUGGUUGUUGUUAGUCAACUCUUUGUGGUGAGUUUAGGUGAUUAUAUAAACAGAGUCUCAGAGGCUUACUUAUCAGCUCUAGGAGACCCAGGGAUGAAGAACCCGAACGUCAGAGUUGCAUUGGAAGCUUGGAACUUCUGCAAUGAAGUUGGUACUGAAGCUCCCAACAUGGGCAGCCCCAGACUGGCCGAUUGUGCCGACCUCUCUUGCCCACUAAUCACUGAUCCUAUUGAUCGCGCUCCUCUUGGAGUCAAGAGUGAUUGUGUGAUUCAUCACAGAGUAAAUGAAUCAGACAACAACUUAAGGGCUGGUGAUAAGUUUCCUGUAAGCGAUUUUAAGCCAUACACAAACCCUGACUUGUAUGCAACCGAAAAGGAGCUGUAUCUUGCUUCUCUAUGUGAGGUUAAUGAUUCUUCAUCAGAUCCGUGGCAGUUUUGGAUGAUCAUGCUUAAGAAUGGGAAUUUCGACAAGAACACUACUCUUUGUCCUGAAAAUGGCAAGCCUGUAAGCAGAAUUGUAACGGAUAGGAAUUUUCCAUGUUUUGGUGAAGGUUGUAUGAAUCAGCCACUUGUUUACCAUAACUACUCGAGAUUAGUAUCUUAUGGGGACCAGAAUUUGUCAAUAACUGGAGGAUUUUAUGGAAGUUAUGAUCUUGAUGCUGACUUGGGAAAAGGUAUAGGGAACAACUCCUACUUUUCAGCCUCAUGGCAGAAAAAUUUGAGCACCGGAAGUUGGAUUUUCUCGCAAAGAUUGACAACAUCUGCCAAGUAUCCUUGGCUAAUGUUGUAUCUACGUUCAGAUGCAACAGAAGGACCUAAUGGUGGUUAUCACUAUGAUGGCCGUGGCAUCAUGAGAAAGUUGCCAGUCUCCCCAAAAUUUAAAGUAAGAUUGAGACUUGAUGUUAAGCAAGGAGGAGGAUCCAACAGUCAAUUUUAUCUUCUUGAUAUAGGAAGCUGUUGGAAGAACAAUGGAAAACCAUGCGACAGUAAUGUUUUGACAGAUGUGACUAGAUACAGUGAAAUGAUUAUAAACCCAGCGACUACAAACUGGUGCCGACCAGAUAACCUUGUCUCCUGCCCACCUUACCAUGUUACGGAAACCGGUAAUAGAAUAUACAGAAAUGAAACAUCUCGGUUUCCAUAUGCUGCUUAUCAUCUCUACUGUGCUCCUGGAAAUGCGAAAUAUUUGGAGAAACCAUAUGAUAUAUGUGACCCAUAUAGCAACCCACAAGCACAAGAAUUGGUGCAAAUUCUUCCCCACCCUGAAUGGUCUGUACAUGGCUAUCCUGAAAAGAAAGGAGAUGGAUGGAUUGGAGAUCCCAGGACAUGGGAGCUUGAUGUUGGUGCACUCUCUAGCCGGUUGUAUUUCUACCAGGACCCGGGAACAGAACCAGCAAAGCGGGUAUGGUCUUCACUUAAUGUGGGUACAGAAAUAUACGUCAGUCAACCAGGAGAGACUGCGGAAUGGACUGUAAGUGAAUUUGAUGUAUUAGUUCCUGAAGGUGUUGGAGAUAAUGGUACUAUGCCUUACUGAAUCUCCCAGUAAAGAAUAAGUAUUCAGUAGAAAAACAUGUACAUUUCAAUAUAAUUUGUACAUAACUAUGUAUACUAGACAAUAUGAUAAUUAUGAGACACACACAAGUUGACCCAGUU